GCGCUCACGACCCCUCCACUGCCCUCCCCCCAAAUAGCCUCGCCCACAUACACACGCGCACGCAGACAACCCCUCUCUUCUUCUUCUUCUUCUUCUUCUUCUGCUUCUUCUUGUUUCCUGCCCCCAAAUGCCCGAAACCCAGCAAUCGAACACAUAUUGAAUUCACGGAUUCAAUUGAAACCCGCAAACGGAACAAUAAGAUCGUUUGUUCGAUCGAUCCGAUGAAGGCGGCGGCUGACAAUCUCGCCGACUCGAUGUCGACGUCGUCAUCGGGAGGCGGCCUCUCGGGCCCGUCCUUGGAGCCGCGGCCUGCGGCGGCCGCGUCGCCCUUGGGGGGCGGGAGCAUCGCGGCGGCCGAGGAGCCCGCGGCGGCGCUAGUUCCUCCCUCCCGGGACCCGGGCGGCGCCGGCGCAGGUGUGGGAGGGCAGGAUGCAGUUACGGUGGAGCGGCGGGGAUACCACUCGGCCGUGUGCCGGUGGGCGGUCCCGCACUUCCCCCGCGCGAAGGCGCGCGCCGUGUGGAGCCGAUACUUCGAGGUGGCCGGCUACGACUGCCGCCUGCUGGUGUACCCGCGCGGCGACUCGCAGGCCCUCCCGGGCUACCUCUCCCUCUACCUCCAGAUCGUCGACCCCCGCGGCUCCUCCUCCUCCUCCGGCGGCAACAAGUGGGACUGCUUCGCCAGUUACCGCCUUUCCGUCUCCAAUCACCUCGAUGACGCCAAGUCCGUCGCCCGCGACUCCUGGCACCGCUUCUCCUCCAAGAAGAAGUCCCAUGGCUGGUGCGACUUCGCCCCCUUCUCCGCCGUCCUCGACCCGAGAUCCGGUUUCCUACUCCCGCCCUCCGACUCCCUCCUUGUCACCGCUGACAUCCUUCUGCUCCACGAGACCGUCGCGUUCAGCCGCGACCACGAACCCCAGCCGCCCCCGGCCGAUGUCCUCGGGGGCAAGUUCACUUGGAAGGUGCACAACUUCAGCCUCUUCCGGGAGAUGAUCAAGACGCAGAAGAUCAUGAGCCCUGUGUUCCCCGCCGGCGAUUGCAACCUCAGGAUCAGCGUGUACCAGAGCUCCGUUGCCGGGGUCGACCACCUCUCCAUGUGCCUCGAGAGCAAGGACACCGAGAAGACAGCCGCGGCCGCCACCGCCAGCCCUGCGGCCCCUGUCCCCGAGCGCAGCUGCUGGUGCCUCUUCCGGAUGUCGGUGCUGAACCAGCGGCCCGGGUCGAACCACAUGCACCGUGACUCCUACGGCCGAUUCGCCGCCGACAACAAGGGCGGCGACAACACCAGCCUCGGGUGGAACGACUACAUGCGCAUGGAGGACUUCGUGGGGCCAGACGCUGGGUUCCUUGUCGAUGACACUGCCGUCUUUAGCACGUCCUUCCAUGUGAUCAGGGAAUCGAGCAACUUCACGAAGAACUCUGGACCUUUACUGGGCAGCAGCGGGGGGAGGGGGGCAGCAAGGAAAUCGGAUGGGCACUUUGGCAAGUUCACAUGGAGGAUCGAGAACUUCACGAGGCUCAAGGACCUGCUUAAGAAGCGCAAGAUUACAGGGCUCUGUAUUAAGAGUAGGAGGUUCCAGAUUGGCAACCGAGACUGUCGCCUUAUUGUUUAUCCCAGGGGGCAGUCUCAACCACCAUGCCACCUCUCUGUAUUCCUGGAAGUCACAGAUUCCCGCAACACAGCAAGUGAUUGGAGUUGCUUUGUAAGUCAUCGAUUGUCUGUUGUAAAUCAGAAAAUGGAGGAGAAAUCUGUUACAAAGGAGUCACAAAAUCGAUAUUCGAAGGCUGCAAAAGAUUGGGGCUGGCGUGAGUUUGUGACUUUGACUAGUCUCUUUGAUCAGGAUUCUGGGUUUCUUGUUCAGGACACUGUAAUUUUCUCAGCUGAGGUUUUAAUAUUGAAGGAGACUUCUAUAAUGCAAGAAUUUAAUGAUACGGAACCUGAGUUAGCUAUGAUGUGUUCAGCUUCUCAAAUUGAUGCUAUUUCAAAGAGAGGAUCAUUCACGUGGAGGGUGGAAAAUUUUUUGUCCUUCAAGGAGAUUAUGGAAACACGCAAGAUAUUCAGCAAAUUCUUUCAAGCUGGGGGUUGUGAGCUCCGAAUAGGUGUCUAUGAGUCAUUUGAUAUGAUUUGUAUAUACCUGGAGAGUGAUCAGUCUUCUGGGUCUGAUCCUGACAAAAACUUAUGGGUACGGUACAGAAUGGCUGUUGUCAACCAGAAAAAUCCUGCAAAAACUGUUUGGAAGGAAUCUUCAAUCUGCACAAAAACUUGGAACAAUUCAGUGUUGCAGUUUAUGAAGGUAUCUGAUUUGAUGGAAUCAGAUGCAGGAUUUCUCGUCCGUGACACUGUGGUAUUCAUUUGUGAGAUCCUAGAUUGCUGCCCCUGGUUUGAGUUUUCAGAUCUUGAGGUUUUUGCUUCGGAAGAUGAGCAGGAUGCAUUGUCGACAGACCCAGAUGAACUUAUUGAGUCUGAGGAUAGUGAAGGUAUCAGUGGAGAUGAAGAAGACAUGUUCAGAAACCUUCUCUCACGAGCAGGUUUCCAUUUGACUUAUGGAGAUAACCCCUCUCAACCCCAGGUCACUUUAAGAGAAAAGCUUCUAAUUGAUGCUGGUGCAAUUGCUGGAUUUCUGACUGGUCUGCGUGUUUAUCUUGAUGACCCUGCUAAAGUCAAGCGCUUGCUUCUUCCUACUAAACUGUCUUCGGGUAUCUGUGGCAAGAAAGAUUCUUUAAAGGGUGAUGCAAAUUCUCCAAGCUUGAUGAAUUUGUUGAUGGGGGUUAAAGUCUUGCAACAAGCUAUCAUCGACUUACUCCUAGAUAUAAUGGUGGAGUGUUGUCAAACAUCAGAAGGAAGAACAGGGUAUGAUUCUUCUGAAACAAGCUCCAAAACUUCUCCUGGAUCAAAUGGAGCUAACACUCCACCAGAACACAGUGGUGAUAGUGAAGUAUCAACAGAGUAUGCAAGAUGUGAUAUGUACCAGAGACUGGAACCUGGAGUAGAAGAAAUCAGCCACACCUAUGCGGUACAGAGCUCACAACUGAACACAGGUGAGAUUGUACAGAAAACUAACCAGGAGCAGCACAUUUUUCCUCCUCAGACUUCUGCUAGGGAUGAACCAUCAGAUGAUGGUUUUGUUCGAGCUCCAAAGACAAAAUGGCCUGAACAAUCUGAGGAACUUUUGGGAUUAAUUAUCAAUUCAUUGAGAGCCCUGGAUAGUGCUGUGCCACAAGGAUGCCCCGAACCUAAAAGGCGGCCUCAGACAAUCCAGAAGAUUAUUCUUGUGCUUGACAAAGCUCCAAAACAUCUUCAGCCUGAUUUAAUUGCCCUUAUACCCAAAUUGACUGAUCCUUCAGAACAUUCUCUUGCAGCUUGUGCACUCUUAGAUUGCCUUCAAAAGCCAGAUGCUGAGCCUUCGUUGCGAUUACAGGUUUUUGGUGCUCUGGGCCAGUUGGAGUUUGGAAGUGAGGUAUGGGAACGCAUCCUAUAUCAGGCUUUUGAGUUGUUGACUGAUUCCAGUGACGAGCCCCUUGUAGCAACAAUGAGUUUUGUUUUCAAAGCUGCAUCACAGUGCCAGCAUCUUCCUCAAGCUGUCAGAGCUUUUCGUUUGAGACUAAAGAGUCUUGGUACUGAAGUUCCUCAAUGUGUUCUGCAUAUUCUGACAAAAAUACUCCAUACUUGCGCAGAUGUGGCUGAAGCCAUUAUAAAUGAUAUCGACUCUGAUAGUGAACUUGAUGGUAAUUGCACGAUAUCUUGUGGUACUUAUGCUGAUGGUACAAAUGGGGUUUCUCCUGGUGGGAUGCAUGUGGGGAAAGAUCAGGUUGUGCAUGGAUGUCACAAUCACGCUGAUGUUUAUAUUUUAGUAGAGAUGUUAUCCAUACCUGGAUUAUUUGUUGAAGUUUCACAGGUCUUUGAAAGAGCUUUAAUUCGAGGGGCCAUUGGGCUGCAAUCAGUUGCUUUGGUAUUAGAAAGGCGCCAUUCUCAAAGGUUGAACAUUAAAUCUACGUCUAUUGUGGAUGAUUCACAAAACAGGCAAGCCCUGUUAGAUGAAAAUAUUGAUUCAUUGUCUGUCCAAGAAGAUGAUUUCGCAUCAGUUCUUUCUCUUGGUGAAGUGUUAUCUCUUUCUAGGGAUACCAGAGUCCAGGACUUUGUGAGGAUGCUUUAUGCCAUUAUGUUCAAAAUAUAUGCUGAGGAGCAUUACAGAUUUAGGAUGUUGAAGGGGCUUGUAGAACGUGCAGCUAAUGUGUCCAAUAGUUGCCGCGUAGUUGAUAUAGAUAUGGAUGUUUUGGUAUUUCUUGUUAGGGAGGAAGAUGGAAUAGCUAGACCAGUUUUGAACAUAUUACGAGAGGUUGCUGAAGUUUCUCAGGUUGAUCGUGCAAAUCUUUGGCACCAGAUAUGUGCCGUCGAGGAUGAAAAUGUUCGUUUUAGAGAGGAAAGACAAGAGGAAAUUGCAAAUUUUGCUCAUGAAAAAGCUGCUUUGUCCCAAAGGCUAAAUGAAUCUGAGGCAACUACAAACCGUCUUAAGGCUGAGUUAAAAUCUGAGAUGGAGCAGUUUGCUCGCGAAAGGAAGGAACUAACUGAGCAGAUACUUGACGUCGAGAAUCAGUUGGAAUGGCUUCGAUCAGAGAAAGAUGAGGAAAUUGCAAAGCUCUCUGCUGACAGGAGAGGCCUUCAGGACCGCCUUCAUGAUGCAGAGACACAACUUUCGCAGUUGAAAACUCGGAAGCGCGAUGAAUUAAAGAGAGUAGUCAAGGAGAAAAAUGCCUUGGCUGAACGAUUGAAAAGUGCAGAAGCUGCACGUAAAAGAUUUGAUGAAGAAUUAAAGCGAUAUGCCACAGAGACAGUGACAAGAGAGGAAGUCAGGCAAUCACUGGAAGAUGAAGUGCGGCGUUUAACACAAACUGUUGGACAGACUGAAGGAGAAAAAAGGGAGAAGGAAGAACAGAUUGCUCGCUGUGAAGCAUAUAUUGAUGGAAUGGAAGCGAGGUUGCAAACAUGCCAGCAAUAUAUACAUACACUUGAAGCUUCACUGCAAGAAGAAAUGUCACGCCAUGCCCCACUUUACGGUGCAGGUUUGGAAGCCUUGUCAAUGAACGAACUCGAGACACUUGCCCGUAUUCAUGAAGAAGGCCUCAGGCAGAUCCAUGCGAUUCAGCAGAUGAAAAGUAGUAGCAAUUCGCUGGUGGGUGGGCAUUCUCUUCCACAAGUUCAUGGCUUAUAUUCUUCGGCUCCUCCAAUGGCUGUUGGUAUGCCUCCAUCUAUAAUCCCAAAUGGAGGCGGAAUCCAUGGUAACGGCCAUAUGAAUGGUGCGGUGGGGCCCUGGUUCAGUCCCACCUAAGAUAAGAAGGGAAAGGCGUGUCCAUAUUUCCCGUACGAGUAAGAAUGUUGUUCUCCUGGUCUUGCUCUACCAGCUGUCAAGUGAUUGAUAUGAUAGCUUUUCUCCCCCAUUUCCCCACUCUCCCAAGUCACCUUUUCAUUUGAACUGGUAGAACUAUCGGAUUACCUGAUAUGAGAAAGUGUGAUCAUGUAUAAAUAAGCCAAGAAACAUACUCUGAGAAAAUAGUUUUGUAAUAAUUUGAAGUAAAAGAAAAAAAAAAUCCGAUGGAGCUAGCAGUUGCAAAUGAAAGCUUUUCAUAUGAUUGAUCCCACCCACAAUCUUUUGGUCACUUAUUGUUUGAGAGUUUGUUUGUACUCAUUGGGUUUGUCUGGGGUUACCUGUCUAUAAUUUAAGACAAUAUUAAAUGUUACCAGUCCAUGUUCUAAGUGCA